AUGGCACACAUCACGCGCCUCACACACUCUCCUGGAUCUACCCUCUACGCCGAUGCCGCGUCUGGCCAUGGCGAUUACAAGAAGACCAAGAACCCUCAACAAAGUAGCAAUAAUAUCAUGACUGAGUACUUCACUAGCUUUGGCAAGAACCAUAAACUCCAGUUCGAGACUAGCCCCGGACGCACUUAUUGGAUCUAUGACUGGGCUGCUAUGACUCCCGCUGUUGGCAAGGGUUUGAUCACCGGCCCGUCUGGCGAUCCCAAGAAACCUUGGGGAAGCGCCAGUGUCCCUUUCAUUGACGAAAACUUCGGCAACAAUCUCAACAAGGCCUGGUCCUGA